CAGACACACACACACUGGCAGUCAGACACAGACAGGCCGGCAUACGCUGAUCACAUACACACUUCCAUAGAGCAGUGUAUCACACACAUUCUGAUAUACAAUUCUGCACAUAAUCUCGGUUAUAAGGCAAAUGCAGGCCUGUAAAACACAUACAUAGCAUUGAUACACACACAGAGGCUCAGUGCAGCGUGCCAUUCAACAGGGAGUGACUGAUCUGCUAAAUGCUGCGGAUACUGGAGGUUGGCAGAGAAGUGUCAGAAGAUUUCGGAGUAGUUCCUUAGGAAGGUUACCUGCCCUUCGAGAUGGGACUGGAGCUUUAAGUAGUCUUGUCAGCAUCUCAGUAAGAGCAUUGAUGAAAUUUAGAGUCUGAAGAUGCAGGGAGAGUCUUUCUGCAAAACCACCCAGAGUCAUAUUAACAGCUCCUUAAGCAAUCAGCAUUGACGAGUUUCGCUGCCUGCUUUCUUUACUCAAGUCCAAGUCAGAAGCACUGCUACCAUCUGUCAAACUUGAAGGACUGUGUCACUGUUCCACGGCAUAGAUUCCGUACAUUGGACUGUUUUCUUAUUCUGACUGAGCAUUGAUGUGACUUCAUUGAGCCCCUUGCUCUCUGGCACUUGGAGCUCGGCUCCGUGCCCUGGUGCCAUGCUCUUCAGUGUCUGCCAGUAUGUCGGCUUGCAGCUCAUUUACAGAGCAUGUAUGGAAACCUGGAGAGUGCAAGAACUGUUUCCUACCCAAAGGACAGCACCAGCUCACAGCUCUUGGAAGAGGCAAUUGUGGCCAGCCACCCCCUCCUCCACCACCACCUCCUCCAUACAGAGCACAUCAUGCCAAGGUCAAUGUCAAUCAGCGGCCACGUACCACCACAGGAUUCCGACCCCCUGUGGCCAAAAAGCCCACAAUUGCAGUCAAACCCACCAUGAUGGUAGUUGAUGGAGCACUGUGCCAUACUUCACAAGUUCAAACAAAGUCACCUCUGCUUCCCAUCACCACCAGGAACCAAAACCAGGCACAGCAGGAGGUUUGCAGUGAUGACCAGACAAAUAACAACACAGGGACAGAACAGGUAGUUGCUAACAACAAUCACCUUGGUAAUAGUGGACUAACAGAGGUACUUAAGGAGAUUGCUGGUUUAGGUGGUCCCUCCACUCAAAUUCUGCCCCUGGAGGGCACAGCUCGAGAGACUUUCCUGUGUAGGAUAAACCAGUGUUACAGACGAUCCCUGGAAGGAAAACCUUCUGCUAGUUGCCUUUCUGGAGGGAGACAUGAAGGGGGAGAAGGGAAGAAAACUGAGCGGCGAGUAGCACUAAGUGGAGAUGAGGGAGCAAUUAUUGGCAGAGAUGGUGGGCGAUUCUGCUACCCCGAAUUCUCUAGUGGCGAGGAGAGUUGGGAGGAGGAAGGUGAUACUGAUAAGGGGGAGCGUGAGAGCUGGGAGGAAAGUGAUGAAGAACUUUUGGCUAUGGAGAUUCGCAUGAGGGGACAACCUCGGUUUGCAAACCUACAGGGGGGUAGCUUAUCUCCAGCACCAUACAGGUUGAGGGGAAGAGAGAAAUGGAACACUGUACCAUUGCGCCAAAAAUCAUUACAAAGGGUGUGUGCUGUGGAUUAUGAUGACAGCUAUGAUGAGAUCCUGAAUGGUUGCGAUGUUGAUGGAGUAGAGGAUGUAGCUGCCAUGUCUCCUGAUCCAUCUUUUGCAGACUCUUUGUCAUGCCCUCCUUCUUCCUCAACCUCAUCCUCUUCUGGAGGACUUUUCUGCAAUGGAAGUGUAAAUGAAGAAAGGAAUGAAUUUGUAUCUGAAGUGACCACUCAAGGAAAAACCCAAGAUAGUAAUAUGGCUCAAGCCAAACCUUACCGUGUGGUGAGCCUAGAGCAGCAGCCAGUCUGCAAACCCUACACAGUUGUUGAUGUAUCAGCUUCUAUGGCCAGUGAGUGUGCAAGUCAGCCUAGUGCUAGACUGAAGAAAACUAGUGCCACCCGCUAUCAGGAGGUGUGGACAUCCAGCACUAGUCCAAGGCAGAAAAUUACUAAGACUGAAGCAGCAGAAGCCCCAAAGCGCAGCUGCCAUAAAUCUGCUCCAACAUCCCCCACCACUGGAUUGAGUGCACACACAGUGCCUGUUAGAUCACCAAACCUGUCAGAAAUCAAGUUUAACAGUUACAACAAUGCAGGUAUGCCACCCUUUCCUAUUAUUAUCCACGAUGAGCCAGAAUAUUCCCAGAGCUGCAAAAGUGCAGACAAAGUACCUAUUUUGAUCAAUCCUAGUGCCUAUGAUAAUUUGGCUAUUUACCGUAGUUUUGUUGGGGCUGGUGGGGUCUUCCCACCUCCCCCUGGUAAGGAGAAACGGCAAACAGGGAGUGGGAUAAGUCACACAUAUGAGGAGAUUGAGACACCCGCUAAAGUGCAAAAGAAGGAAGAACCAGCAAAAGAGUUAUCUCCUGAGGUUACUAGCUGUCCUAGAGAGAGUGCAAACCGUGUGCUUUCUCAGAUUGUUGCUUCCAUCCAACCACCUAGAUCACCUCCAGAGGCAGUGACUUCAGAGUCCGCAAGCAGUGAAGAGCAGCAUCUGUCAGAGCCAGAGCCCCAUCAAGGAUCACUAGGACGUCCAAAGUCUCUGUUUUCCUCACAAAGUGAAGCAUUAGGUACUCUAAUCUGCAGUAAACCAUCGCCAGCAUCUUCCAGUGAAGAGAGCCCUACUGUACCAGUUACAGCAAACCCUCUGCCACCUUUUCCUCCACCACGUUCCACUUCUUCACCCUACCAUGCUAGCAGCAUGUUGCACAAGCACUUUGCCACCCGCACCAAACCUACCAGUACCAGCAGGCCCUCACCCACUGAUUGUGCAACACAGCCACGUAGGCCUGCAGAUGGCAAGCCACGCCGCUGGAUAUCAUUUAAGAGUUUCUUCAGGAGAAAGAAGGAAGGAGGGGGGCAGGGUGCAGGUGAAGAGAGGAGUGAGGAAGGAAGGCUAGUGGGGCUGGAUGGGACAGUUAUCCAUAUGCUUCCACCACCACCAGUCCAGCGGCAUCACUGGUUCAGUGAGAGUCAUGGGGAACCUGGUGAAAAGCCCUCCAUUGUGUUCAUAUAUCGACCUGAAGAGGAAAACAUGGGCACUAGCCCACAGAAUUCUUUGGGCAAUGAAACCAGAACCUGCAGCAGUAAUAAUGAUGCAACACCCUCAGAAAGCCCUGCUUCCCCUGGAGUUACAGCCUUGACUUUGCCAUCCCCUCCUGAGCAGAUUCAGUUGGACAGUGUCCUUGUACCCCCAAUACCCCUUCCAACUGGCACAGAAACACACACCCCAGAAGAGCAUGGCACUGUUUCAGAAUCCUCCUCUGACUGCAGUCCUGGCGGAGCAACUUACAGCAACCUAGGUCAGUCACGAGCCAACAUGAUCCCAUAUAAGCAGCCUCGCCAAAGAGGUGGGAGUCCACCCGAAGACCCAGAACCCCAUCCCACCCCACCUCCACUUCCCAAAAAGAAUAUAGUUCCCCACCAGUCAACGCCAGAAAAAGCACCUGGAUCCCAGCUGAAUAUGGCCAACCCAACUUACGACACAGAACGAAGCUGGGAAGGUGGAGGUAGUGAAUCAGGAGACUCAUUGGAGCGAACAAAAGGGUGUGGAGGAAGGAUAGCUGAGCUACAGGCUGAGGCUCUGCGACGGUUAUAUGCUCGAUGUGAGGACAUCUUUAUGGCGGGUCAAAGGGAGCCAGUGAACUUUGGGUUGGAGAGUUGGCCCGACUUCCGUCUGACCAGUUCUACACCAUGCUGCCAGGCUGGGGAUGCUGUAUAUUACCGGGCAUCAUAUGCACGAGACCCAGGAAAUCAUUAUGCAGUCAAGAUUUGCCGCAGCAAGACCAAGCAAGCUCAGCAAGAAUAUUAUCACUGCCUGGCUGUUCGUCAAGCUCUUUCUGAACACUUCAAUAUCCAGCAAGACUGUGGGCAUUUCCUAGCUGAGGUGCCUGCACGCUUGCUACCCUGGGAAGACCCUACAGUAUCUGAAGAAGAAGAGGAAGAAGAGGAGAAAGAAGUAGAUCAUAAAAAAGAGAGUGUAGCAAAUGUGGCAGAAUGUAAAAAGCCAUCAGAAGUAAAGCAGAAGCAGAAUUCAUCUGACAAUCAAGGUUCCUUAGGCAAGCGCCGGAGUAGAGUAGUUGUGAUCACACGUGAACCACCAAGGCAGACCCUUGCAGACUUUGUACGAGAGGGGGAGAGCCGCCACCGAAGAGAGCCAGAGGUGUAUGAACGACAAGUGUGUUUGUUGCUUCUCCAGCUCUGUGGAGCUCUUGAACACUUGAAGGCUCAGGGUAUCACUCACUGUGACCUGCGCCUUGACAAUCUGCUACUUGCAGGUUGCCGGCCAGUUGGGACUGGCUGCAACUGCUGUCGUAUGUCUGCCACAGAGGAGCACAUUGUUUAUACAAAGGAGUCAGAUGUCUUAGAUCAUAGAGCAAACUCUAUUUGUCCUGGUCGUCUGCUCCUCACCAACUUCAGCCAGGCUAAAAUUAAGAGCCAGGGCACUUGGCGGCCACAGGGUUUGGGGGAUCCUUCCCGAUUAGCACCUGAGAUUGUAGGGGCAACACAAUACAGGAGAAGUGAUGAAUUUCAAACAGGAAUCCUUAUAUAUGAGAUGCUGCACUUGUCCAACCCCUUUCUUGAUGGUGGACUUAAGGAAAGAGAAUAUGGUCCCUGGGAUUUACCAGCUGUACCUCGCCGUUCACCAUACUCACGAGGCCUGAGUAGGCUUGCAGGACUGCUAUUGCAACACAGUCCUUCAGACAGGCUGCAGGUGGGACAAGCUAAAGCUGCACUACGAUGUCUGAUAUGGGGGCCAAGGGAAGAUAUGCUCCAUGGUCCUGGUGCCCUGCAUGGCUGGUUGGAAGUGAAGAGGACACUACUGCUGAUUAAGCUUGCUGAGCGGGCACUGGAGAAGGAGGGAGGGGUGAGUCUGGAGGAUUGGCUCUGCUGUCAGUACCUGGCAUUUGGCACAGCCCAGGGACUGGCUCAGACACUGCGGCUGCUUGAGCAGCACUAAAGGAAGUUUUCCCCUGAUGUCCACAUCCCUUCUGUCUGUGUGCAAUAGAACUGACCGCAAGGCUCCGUUUAAGAAGCUUGAACUCUCAGUGUUAUACCCUUCCCUUGCUCCCUCCCAGCACACUUGGGCAGAUACAUACAUACAGAAAAUACAUUUACCUUUGCAGCGUAUGCACUUGGUUAACAUCAUUAUCAAACUGUAUUUACUCUCACAUAUUUAUAGUGUGCUGACAUACUUGCAUUUGACACUGCUCUGACUGAAACACAUAUAUACGCUCAAGUGACACUGCCAGUACACUCACUGACACAUUCCUACAGUCACAUUUAAUUACACACAGUACACAACUGCCCUUUGGAGGGAGGGAUUACCGAAAUAGUAUUACUUUGAAAUGUUUUAUUCUGAAUGCUUUUAAUACCAUAAAUCCAUAUUUAUAUUUAUAUAAGAACACAUUCAGUAUACAUGAACAAGAGCAGCAGUGUUAUAACAUAAAUAUAUAUAUAUAUAUCUAUAGCUAUAUAUAAAACUUGUUAAAGUCUGAGGUGGUCAAACAAUGAAAGGAUAGAAGUUCUAUUCCCUAAUAUUUGUCCUCAGAACCAAUGGUGUUGAAAUGCAAAGAAGCAUUCAUAGGUUGGGUCAUUUACUUGGCGUGUGGGUGUGUUUUUGUACUAGACACCAUGCCACCACUCAUUACUUCCUCUGUUAUAUGAGGGAAGGGUGGUAACCAGCAUCUGACAUAGUUGUCCCAGGCUUCCUCCCACUUCAUCCCCUCUGGUUUUGCUGUGGUACAUAUGGUAUUAUUAUUACUGUAUUAAUAAACAUGUUUUAUGGCACUGAU